UCCUGUAUAAAUAGCCCAGCCUGCACCUGGCUGUGAGCACUGGAAAGCUGCACUCCCUGGCACACCUGGACCUGCACACUCCCAGAAAGGUGUCCACCCAGCUGAAGCCAUGAGAAUCCACAGCCUCUUCCUGCUCUCCUUCCUUCUCCUGGCUGCUCAGGUGCUCUCAGAAAAGGUCAGAAAGAGAGCCAAGAAUGCACCACAGAGUAUAACAGAGGAGGGUACAUCUGCCCCCUUGGGCAAGGCCCAGAAUAAGGAGAGAAGCAAGACAUCCAAAUCCAUGACCCAUGGCAAGUUUGUCACCAAAGACCAAGCCACCUGCAGAUGGGCUGUGACUGAGGAGGAGCUGGGCAUCAGCCUGAAGGUCCAGUGUACUCAAGCAGAUCAUGAGUUUUCUUGUGUUUUUGCUGGUGAUCCAACUGGCUGCCUUAAGCAUGACAAAGACCAGAUCUACUGGAAACAAAUUUCCCGCAUGCUGCGCAAACAGAAAAAUAUCUGCGGGAACUCCAAGAGUGUCCUGAAGACCAGAGUAUGCAGAAAGAAGUUUCCAGAGUCUAACCUCAGACUGGUAAGUCCCAAUGCACACGGAAACAUGAAGCCCAGGAAGGAGACAGCAGAGGUUUCCCCAAGAGAGCACAAUAAGGUCCAAGAAGCUUCCUCCAUGGAAUCAAACAAGGUCAAAGAGGACAUCGCCCCCAGUCUUGCUGUGACCAAGACUGUGGCCAUCAAAGAUCCAGAGUGUCUGGAGGAUCCAGAUGUGCUCACCCAGAGGAAGGUUGCCCUGGAGUUCUGUGGGGAAUCUUGGAGCUCCUUGUGCACGUUCUUCCUCAACAUGUUACAGGCCACAUCAUGCUAAUGAAGUCAGAGUGAACAGCCUGAGACAUGAGGUGUCAGAGCCUUGGUUUCUGCUGCAAAGCUCCCCAGGUUCCCCACAAGAUACAAACUUUUGUGCUACCGGACCACAGUGAAGUAUUUAAACAGUUUUUGUAAGUUUUGUUUUUAUGUUUUAGAAUUUGCCUUAUUUUUCACAUCCUUAGAUGUACUUUUCAAAGACUCUUUACCUCAGUGUAUUCUUCCAUGGACCACAAAUCUAGGUGCAUAUGAGGAGUGGGUAAAUCCAAGUGCUAAUUUCCAUGUAAGGAAUUUUGGGCUGUAUUUAUGAGGAUAAUAAAGUUCUAGGCAUUCUCAGAAA